AUGGGCUUCAAAAACCGUUGUUACCUUGUUGUGGUGAAGCACACAAUUGACAGCACUGUUCAGGUUUUUUCUUCAUUGGGACGAAUAGGCCAGAUAAUUGAAGUAAUAUUUCCUGAAACCAUCAUCACCGAUUCACUUCCUGCCCAUCAACGGGUUGAAUACGACUCGAAAUUGUUACUUGGAAGCGACGAGGCUAGUGUCGACCUGUUCAUUCGUCGUCUCGUUCUGCAACUUGCGUCUCUGGGUAGAAGAAGACGUCUUAUAGCUUUGAUGGUCUUUCCGAUGACGAUAUUGCUGCGGCUUUACAGCAAGUGCAGGAUCGAUUUUAGAAGAUAUUUGUCGAGCCAGUUGAGUCCUGUAAGUGCUAAAUCAGCUACUGCUUCCGAGAAAAAGAAGAAUAUUUUUCUACCCCGUACGUCAUUUGUGAAUCAUGUGAAAUCAUCAAAUCGUGGAGUUCUAGACCAACAAUUCGAGCUACUCGAUGGUCCUCCGUAUGCCAAUGGCGUGGUCCACGCUGGGCAUGCAGUUAACAAAAUUCUGAAGGAUUUCAUCGUAAAAAGUCGAAUAGCUCUUGGAUAUCGAGUUCGAUUUCGGCCGGGUUGGGACUGUCAUGGCCUACCGAUUGAGAUGAAAAUCAGUAAAAACGCGAAGGGGAAGUCUGCAUUGGAAAUUCGUGCACUUGCUCGCCAGUUGGCGACGGAGUCUAUUUUAAAACAGAUGAAUUCCUUCAAGCGUUGGGGUGUCUCUGCUGCGUGGACGCGUCCAUAUCUUACCAUGGAUUCGGUAUAUGUAGCUGAACAACUGCGCCUGUUUGCGAAGAUGAUCGAGAAGAAUAUUGUCUAUCGCGACUUUAAGCCCGUUUACUGGUCACCGAGUUCCCGCACUGCUUUAGCUGAAUCUGAGCUUGAAUACAAUGAAGAGCAUACAAGCACUGCCGUUUUUUUCCGCUUCAGAAUAAUAAAUAUAACACCUGAAGAGCUGAAUAUAGCCGCCGGCAAGGGAUCAAAACCAAUCGUUAUUUAUUCCUUGGUUUGGACCUCAACACCUUGGACUCUUCCUUUGAAUAAUGCUAUCUGCAUUUCUCCAGACUCUUAUUAUUUGGCUAUUUCGUUUGAUGAUAAUUCAAAAGCCCCAAUUUCUGAGUUAUAUAUUGUGGCUGAACCACUGCUUUCACCAAUAACCGAAACAACUGGACGGUCGGUAACAGUAGUGGGUCGGUUUCAAGGGAAAACCUUGCUCGAAAAACAUUAUAAGAGCUGCUGGCAUCCCGAACUUGCACUGCCGAUAUUGGCUGGUACUCAUGUAACGAUGUCGAUGGGAACUGGUCUCGUUCAUACUUCCUUUGCCCAUGGAUUUGCCGACUAUGAAAUUGCAGUGGCUGGUAAUUAUAAGGUCGAGAGUUUUGUAGAUGAAGAUGGCCGAUACACCCGACACAUGGGUGUUGAUCUUGAAGCUAAAGAUGUGCUUGACGAAGGACAGCAAGAAGUGCUUAAGAUACUUAGAAAGGAUGUGGUUCAUCAAAGCAAAUACAAGCAUUCUUAUCCAUACGACUGGCGGACGAAAAAACCUGUGAUAAUACGUAGCAGUGCACAGUGGUUUUUCAAUGUUUCUUCGGUUGCAAAGCGCGCGACAGAACUCGUGGAAGGAAUUCAAGUUGGAACUGAUGAUUCUGAUCUGAGAGACACGUUGUCCCGAAUGAUUUCAUCCCGUCGUUCAUGGUGCAUCUCUCGUCAGCGUGUGUGGGGAGCACCCAUUCCUGCACUUAUCGGUACAAAUGGUGAGGCUUAUACCUCGAAGGAAUUAGUGGAGUACGUUGCUGACCUAGUAGAAGAAAAGGGGGCCGAUAUUUGGUGGAAAUACUCCGUUGAAGAUUUUUUAACUGAAAAGGUGCUGAAAUCUUUGGGUGUGCAGACAUCAUCGAGUCUCUCGAAGGGCUGUGAUAUUAUGGACGUGUGGAUGGACAGUGGAGUAGCUUGGCAUUGUGCUAGGAACGCCUUUGAUAAUUUUGUUACCGUACUUCCAACCGAUGGAGUGGUUGAAGGCGUAGAUCAAUUCCGUGGUUGGUUUCAGUCGUUACUUCUUACGUCUGUCGCAAUCCAGGACGCUCUGCCUUACAAACGAAUUCAUGUACAUGGGUUUUGUGUCGAUGAUAACAACAAAAAGAUGUCGAAGUCACUUGGAAAUGUUAUUGAUCCAGAAACAAUUACAGACGGUUCUCUUCGACAAAAAGCCUUAGGGGCCGAUGGGUUGAGGCUUUGGGUAGCACUGUCUGCAUCUGAAUCAGUCGGCGCGUCAAAAAUUGGCGAGAAAGUGCUGGCUGACAUAGAAUCCAAGGUGUUACAAUAUUUCUAUAGCUCUUAA